AUGCUAGCUGAAAAAGCUCUCGAACUGAUUCGUGAACUACAACGCUCCGUUGACGGUUCCCUGCCGCCAUACAAUGAGGACAAAGCCCGUCAAAUUCUCGAAGAAAUGAAGGCUUUAUUUGAUCAAAAUCAAAAAGAUGUGAGUGCUACAGUUGCAGGGGAGAGUGGAUUAUUUUCUGGGGUUCAGCUUCGACAUUCAGCCCUGGAAAGGAACAAGCGUUGUCUCCUAGCAUACUUGUUCAACAGGAUAGAGCAUAUAAAAAAGAUGCGAUGGGAGUUUGGCAGUGUAUUACCUGCAGAUGUAAAAUUUAAUAUGUGUGAGCAGGAGGUCCAGUGGUUUGGGAAGUACAAUAAGAUGCUUGCAAGUUAUAUGAGGUCAAUAGGUGGUGAAGGCGGCCUAGAUCUAACACAGGAUCUCAAACCACCCAAGACACUAUAUAUAGAGGUUCGAUGCAUAAUGGACCAUGGUGAGUUUGAAACACAAGAUGGGAACAUACUGGUGCUAAAGAAAAACAGUCAGCAUUUCCUUCUGCGAUCUGAAUGUGAGCACUUAAUACGACAAGGAAUUUUGGAACAUAUUGUACAAGGAUGA